UAUACGCUUUUUUUUCGAAAGAGUGUGUAGCCAACUGUUUUUUUAUUUUGUUAUUUAAUCCAACAUAGGUACAUAUUUCUAUCAACAAACUGCCGAAGAUAAAUAAUAUGGUUAAAGCAAAAAAUUGUAGUAUUUUCUCGUGAGUGGUUUAAAAAAUCACUCACGCGCACAUCUCUUGUUUGGGCUCUCAAUUGCAAAGUAAACAGCGCUUCCAUAAAUGUCAAUGCAGACGAGCCAAUUUUUCUGCGUUGAUACACAAAUUUUAUUAUUUUCAUUGAAGCAUUUAAAUACAAUGGAUUCUAAAAGGAAAAGUGAUCUAGAUAUUGAUGAAAUAUCGAAUAUCAAUUGUAAAAAACAUACGCUAGACUCUGAUGAAGAAGACAGCGAUGAGUACGAACGAGAAGACAGUAAUGAUGUGGAGGGUGAAGAAGAUGGCAUUUCAAACGUUCGGGACGAUGUCAAGAUUACUCCAUUUAAUAUGCGGGAAGAACUACAAGAGGGCCAUUUUGACAAAGAGGGUCACUAUCAUUGGAACAAAACAAAUGAAAUCAAGGAUAACUGGUUAGACAACAUCGACUGGCUAAAAGUAGACGAGAGUCACGCUGAGAAAGAGGAUAGAGAUGCCGACAAACCUGACUCUCUUAAUGUGGUAAACCAAAGUCAGGUGUAUCAGAAUAUUCUCGGGUUUAUGAUGGAAAGUGAGACAGUGUCCCAAACUAUACGGCGCCUAGGCAAACAAAGAAAAAAACUUAGUACGGCUGAGAGAAUUAGGAAUAAAAAGAAUGGAAUUGUGGAUACCGAUGCCGACAAAAUAAUGCAAUUAACUGAGAUGGUCAACGCAAUACUUACGGCUACUGGCAACAUGGAUAUAUACGAGAUGACAUAUGAGGCAAUCGAAGAAAAAGUAAAUUCUACCCCCUCAACAUCCAAAACACAAGCUUCAAAUUUGGACAUGUAUUCCGACGACUUCUCUGAAAAGGAAAAGUUUUUGAAAAAUGACAAGCCCAAUGAACUUGUCAAGACGAAACAAGAAGCCUCUGAGAGCAAAGAAGUACUUUGGGAAUAUAAGGUUAAUCAAGAUGAUUCGCAGCUACAAGGCCCCUUUAGCACGAAAAAAAUGUUAGAAAUGUCGGAAAGCGGCAAAUUUGGCAAUGGUGUAUAUGUUAGAAGAGUUGGUGAGAAGACAAAUUUUUAUAAAAGUAGUCGCAUAGAUUUUGAUUUGUAUAUGUAAAAGGAAUAAAUGUUAAACUUAAUAAAUAGUUAUUGAUAAUGUA